AAAGGAGGAUCGUGAAUGUGAGUUUGAGUGAGACAUAUUCGCUCUGUCUGUCCAAUGCGUUGCGUUACUCGUCCGUUAUUUAAGAGCUCUGAUGUCGUGAUGAGCAUACCAAUGAUCAGUUCUGCGAGAAAAUGGAUCAUAUUGAGAAGCUUAAACCUUUAGGACCUUACGCAGAGGUGAGAUCAGGGUGACAUUCGUGGUUAUUUUCCAAAAUGUGAAAUGGCACCGGCGCACCGCGCUUACUGUUGGACAGCCGAGGUGUCAUCGAUCUGAUUUGAUCACUGAUAAAUAAAGCGGCGAGAGAGGAAGCAUCAUGCAUUGCGCGUGAAUUAACGGGAGCGUGAAGAUGGAAGAUCUCCUUUCAGUUUCUCCUUGACGCGAACCUACGGAACGGGAGGCGGGCAGUGGGGUGAGCUGAGCGGGGAACCCACCGGCCAAUGUACCGCGGGAACGGUGGCGUGACAGCGGCCCGGGAGUUGACAUCCGUUCCUCCGAGUUUUACGCAGCGGGGAACGAUGGGUUGCGCUCCCAGCAUCCACGUCUCGCAGAGCGGGGUGAUCUACUGCCGAGACUCGGACGAGUCCAACUCGCCGCACCAGACCACAACCAUCUCGCAGGGCACCGCGACCACCCUGCACGGCCUCUUCAUCAAGACCGACGCGGCGGACACCAUCCCCUCCGUUAUCGCGUACCAGAGCAGGCACACACGGACAAACUCUCACCAGGAGCGGAUUGAAAACAGCGGUGGCCACAUCUGCAUAGAGGCCGAGACGCAGACCAGCAAAACCAGCGUCAAGGUGUCUGCUACAGAAGAGCGUUUGGGGCCGAUGCGUCUGAGUCAGGAGCCCAUACAGGUGUUACUGGUGUUCGCUAAAGAGGACAGUCAGAGCGAUGCAUUCUGGUGGGCGUGUGAGCGGGCGGGGUUCAGGUGUAACAUCGCACGAACAGCUGAGUCUGCCGUGGAGUGUUUCCUGGAUAAACACCACGAGAUUAUCAUCAUUGAUGGGCGGCACUCGCGCUACUUUGAGGCCGAAGCCGUCUGCCGGAUGAUUCGAGCGACCAAGCCUUCUGAGCACACAGUCGUUUUAGCAGUGGUGCCACAAAUUCCCACCGAUCAGGAAGAGCCAUCUGUUCUCCCUCUUCUCUCUGCUGGCUUCUCCAGAAGGUAUGUGGAGAACAGCAGUGUAUCAGCGUGCUAUAAUGAGUUAAUCCAGUUAGAGCAUGGCGAGGUGCGUGCUCAGUUCAAACUAAGGGCUUGUAACUCAGUGUUUACUGCGUUAGAACAGUGUCAGGAAGCUGUAGAGAUCAGCAGUGAAGAUCACGUCAUACAAUAUGUAAAUCCAGCAUUUGAAAAGAUGAUGGGCUACCACAAAGGAGAGCUGAUCGGUAAAGAGUUGACCGAACUGCCCAAGAGUGACAAAAACAGCGCCGAUCUGCUGGACACCAUCCACACCUGCAUCAAGAAAGGAAAGGAAUGGCAGGGGAUCUGUUUCUCACGGAAGAAGUCCGGUGACAGUAUUCAGCAAUAUGUGAGAAUCACUCCUGUGAUUGGCCAAGGAGGAAAAAUCAGGCAUUUUGUGUCCAUCAAGAGGGCUCAUAGUGACAACCACAGACAGGUUCAUAAACUCAGCCGAGAAGAGAAGCUCUGUGGUGAACUCUUACAAUCAGAAUGUAAUUCCAUGCAUCACAAAGACCGGAGGAAAGAAUCUGUGGACGUCAGAUCAAUCAGCUCACACAGCAGUGAUGCUCCCAGUCUACAGAAUCGCAGAUAUUCCUCUAUGGCCCGUAUUCACUCCAUGACUAUUGAAGCUCCAAUCACAAAGGUGAUAAAUAUCAUAAACGCAGCGCAGGAGAGCAGUCCCGUGACAGUGGCAGAAGCUCUAGAUCGUGUUUUGGAGAUCUUGCGGACCACAGAACUCUACUCACCCCAGCUGGCCUCAAAAGAGGACGACCCCCACACCAAUGACCUGGUGGGGGGACUCAUGAGUGAUGGACUCAGAAGGUUGUCAGGGAAUGAGUAUGUCUUCUCCAAAAGUGCAUUAAACAAUUUGAGUCAAAGUCAGCUGGCAGCGCCUGUCCCAUUAAACGACAUCCCGCCCUCCAUCGCAGAGCUGCUGAAUGAGGAAGAGCGUUGGGAAUUCAACAUCCUGGAGCUGGAAGCAGCUACACACAAGAGGCCGCUCUCAUAUCUGGGUCUGAAGAUCUUCACGGCUUUCGGUGUGUGUGAGUUUCUGAACUGCACAGAGGCCACAUUGCGCUCUUGGCUGCAGGUGAUCGAAGCAAAUUAUCAUGCCUCCAACUCCUACCACAAUUCAACACAUGCCGCCGAUGUUCUGCAUGCCACUGCAUACUUCCUGCGCAAGGACAGAGUCAAGGGCAGUCUAGAUCAGUUGGAUGAAGUUGCAGCACUGUUAGCGGCGACGGUCCAUGACGUUGAUCACCCAGGUCGAACCAACUCAUUCCUGUGCAAUGCAGGGAGUGAACUGGCCAUUCUGUACAACGACACGGCCGUCCUGGAAAGUCAUCAUGCCGCUCUCGCAUUCCAGCUUACCGUACAAAACAACAAGUGUAACAUCUUCAAAAACAUGGAGAGGAAUCAGUUUCGAACCCUACGGCAAGCCAUAAUAGACAUGGUGUUGGCCACAGAAAUGACGCGACACUUUGAGCAUGUCAACAAGUUUGUAAACAGCAUCAACAAACCCAUGAGUGCUAUUGAGGAGACAAGCUCCAAUAGUGAAGGCAGUGAUUGUGAGGGUCAGGCGAGUAUUCGCAACUCUCCUGAAAAUCGGCUGUUAAUUAAACGGAUGCUGAUUAAAUGUGCCGAUGUGGCCAAUCCCUGCAGACCUCUUGAGCUCUGUAUCGAAUGGGCAGGACGCAUUUCAGAAGAGUACUUCGCUCAGACUGACGAGGAGAAAAGACAAGGUUUACCAGUUGUCAUGCCUGUGUUCGAUCGGAAUACCUGCAGCAUUCCAAAAUCCCAGAUCUCCUUUAUUGACUAUUUCAUCACAGACAUGUUUGACGCCUGGGAUGCCUUUGCCAGUUUGUCAGGCUUGAUGGAGCACUUGGCGGAAAACUACAAAUACUGGAAGAACUUGGAUGAGUUGAAGUGUAAAAGCCUGCGACCUCCGCCUCCUCCGUGACCCUGAUGAACCCUACCCUCCUGGGGUCAA